AUGGACUCCCCACCAGAAAAGAAACUUGAUUCUGAUCUGGAAAAAUCGAACCUAUCCCUGGAACCCGAAAUUGUCGAUGAGAUCGUCGGUGAAACUGCUUCUAACAAUGAACCAGAUGGCCAGAUGCAACGGCGUCUCAAAGCGCGCCAUGUUUCCAUGAUAGCCAUUGGCGGUACUAUUGGCACUGGUUUGUUCGUUGGGUCGGGAGAAGCAUUGCAUAAAGGUGGCCCCGUUGCCCUUCUUCUCGGGUACGCCAUCAUGGGGGCGAUUGUCUAUAGCAUGAUGGUUGCAUUGGGUGAAAUGGUCACCAUGUUCCCAGUCACCGGCGCUUUCAUACACUACACCACUCGGUUUGUGGACCCAGCUCUGGGUUUUGCCAUUGGCUGGAACUAUUGGUACUCAUUCGCGGUCACUCUACCAACCGAGAUCACCGCGGCGGGCAUCGUGAUCAAGUAUUGGGCUAAGGACGUUAAUGUUGCCGUAUGGAUUACGAUUUUUUUAGUUGCCACGACGACUGUCAACUUCUUUGGCGUGAAAUGGUAUGGCGAAGCAGAAUUUGUUUGCUCUGCUGUCAAAGUUAUUGCUAUAGUAGGAUUGAUUAUCCUCGGUAUCAUUCUUGACUUGGGUGGUGGUCCAAAUCACGAUCGAAUCGGGUUUAGAUACUGGCUUUCACCAGGUCCGUUCAACCAAUUGAAUGAGAUCCCUGGAUCCACUGGUAGAUUUCUCGCCUUCUGGUCGGUCUUGGUUCAAGCCGCUUUUUCAUACCAAGGUACCGAGAUCGUAGCUCUGGCGGCCGGGGAAGCUGAAAAUCCGCGGAAGAAUGUCCCCAAGGCCAUCAACAAAGUGUUUUAUCGUAUCUUGAUAUUUUACAUUGGUGGCAUGACAGUCGUUGGAUUAUUGGUACCCUAUAAUUCCCCGGACCUACUAGGUGGUAGUGGCGAUGCAACUUCAUCGCCAUUUGUUAUUGCAAUCAAAUCAGCAGGUAUCUCAGUAUUACCAGACAUUGUGAACGUAGUCAUUCUAACUGCGGUAUUCUCAGCAGCAAAUUCAGAUCUAUAUGCUGGUUCCAGAAUUUUGUUCGGUUUAUCUUCUGAUCGUAUGGCUCCAAAGAUAUUUUCGCACUGCACGGGCCAAGGCAUUCCGGUUGCUGGUAUAGCCCUAACAGCGGUAUUCGGACUACUGGCCUACAUGAAUGUGGCCACUUCUGGAGGGACGGUUUUUGAAUGGUUUUCCAACAUAUCAUCCAUCUCCGGGCUAGUGACUUGGUGGUCAAUCCUACUUGCUUAUAUCCGAUUUUAUCACGGAUUAAAAUACAGCGGAAUUGAUCGCAACACGUUUGCUUAUACGGCACCUUUUCAGCCGUGGCUAUCUUAUUUCGGAUUGGCCAUGUGUACUUUGAUUAUCAUCUUCAACGGGUUCGAGGUCUUCUUGACCGGCAAGUGGUCGAUAUCAAAAUUCGUAUCAGCAUACAUCUCCCUUCCGAUAUUUGUCGUGUUUUUUAUUGGAUGGAAGACAUGUCACAAAACAGAUUUUGUUAGACUUGAUCAGAUGGACUUCGAGACAGGCAGGCGUGAACUAGACCUCAUGGAUGCCAUGGAGAAAGAGAAGGAAGUUGAGCCAGUUGGGAAGCUCAACAAAUUCUUGCAUUCGCUGAUUUGA